AUGAAUUCAUUGACUGACUUGCCAAUAGAUCUUCUUCAAAGGAUAAUAGAAGAGACCAACCGUUUGGAUAACCACAAAAACCCCAGUUACUCAUCGCUAUUUUCGUUAUCACAAACUUGCAGGUUUUUCAAUCGUUUGAUCAACCAAGUGUUGUACCAACAUAUCACGAUAUAUGAUAAUGACAAUAAAUCAAUAAUCCAGACAACUAAUCAAACAUAUAUUCAUAUUGAUCAUCUUUCCAAAUUUAUAGAGGGGUUGUCUAUGUCAAACUUCCAAUAUAUCAAAUCUAUUCAUAUUCAUUGCAAAUCCAACUUUAGCUCGUUUAAUUAUGAUUCGUUGUACACAAAAUUGAAUCAAUACUGGAGUUAUUUGAAUCAUCCCAUAGAGUUUAUCAACUUUGACGUGGAGAAUAUUCGUCAAAAGCAGUCCUUAGAUCAAUUUCUUUCGAAUAAUAACUGUACUAAUAUCAUGGAAGAAAAUGACGAGGUUGGUGGUGUGUGUGAUAUCCACUCUUCGGUAAGCAAGCUCUGCAAUCUUUCCAACUUGUCUAUUUUGAAAGUGCAGGAACUAAAUCAAAUACCUUGUCACAAUCCAAACUUGAAGAACCUAAAUCUAUUUAUUGAAGGUAAUUUUAUGGAUGAGUACAUUAAAGAUCGGGUACUCAAUUUGGAACAGUUGGAGAUAUUGCAACUUAAUACAACAUUAUCAACCAAAGUAUUCGUAAACUCCAAUAUUAAUUGCCCAAACUUGGAAAAGUUGUCAAUCUGCUACUGUCAUUCCUUAAGGGAGUCUCCAUUAACAUUUUCACAAUUUGCUGCUAUUGAUUUUGGUAAGCUAAUAGAGUUGGAAUUAAAGUUGAACUGCUUCCACCGUGACUGUGAUUGUAUCAAUCAAUUCUAUAAUGAUUUGACAAAAGCACAACACGCCAACGAGUUCAAUAAUUUGCAAAAAUUGUCUAUUAUCAAUUACAAAUCGAAAAACUCCAGCAAUAAUUUGUGUCAGUAUAACUAUGUGAUUAAUUGCCAAUUAGAAUCGAUAUUCCGCAAAUUCCCGAAAUUGGACUAUUUGUAUUUUAAUUUGAACGAGUUCACUAAGAAUGAUCAAUUCAAGAUUAACUGGGCCAAGUUUGCUGAAUCGCUUCAAAUCUUGAAGAAUUUGAAAACAUUAAUAAUUUACGAUUUUUUCAACUAUUGGUUACCAUCGAUGAAGUCAAAUCAAGCUACAUCGGAAAUUCUAUUAAACAAUUGUAAAUGCGUGGAGUGUAACCAAAGAAGAAGUGCUUUCAAUUCAAUGGCGGAAUAUGAUGCUGCAAACAAUUAUGUUCAUAAUUUCAAGAACUAUACUGAACCAGAAUUGUCGGCUGAAUCUGGUAACGAAUAUCAACCUAUUUUACUAAAUAAGAAAUGUAAUGCCAAACUUUUAUGGUUCAUUUUUAGUCAACUUCAACUGCAACAAUUCAAACAACUGCCAAUAUAUUCAAUGAAUUUAAGCUACUUUAGAGAAGAUAAAGAGUUGUUCUCUCAGUUCCAAGAGUUGUUCAAACAUAAUUGCUUAAACAAUUUGUGUAAUGAUAUUAAAAUAGGCAACAAUAACACCAAAACCAUAAAUUUGGGUGGAAUUGUUAAUUGA